UAACCCUGGUUAAAAAAUAAAGAGCCAUUCCCGAUCGACGGGUACAACCUGUCUUAAAUCGCUGCUUUCUUUCGUCGAUCAUUCUCUUUGCCUCCUACUCGCCAUCCCGCCCUCGAUUGCUCGCUCAUUCGAAAUUUCUAUGCCCGAGCCGAUGAACAGCUGGAGGACGCUGCUUCUCCGCAUCGGUGAUAAAUGCACAGAGUACGGCGGCUCCGUCGACUACAGGGAGCACAUCGAUACAUGUUACAGCGUGCUUUUGCGAGAGUUGGAGCAUUCUAGAGAUGACAUCAUAGAGCUUCUUCUCCAAUGUGCCGAGCAGCUGCCGCAUAAGAUUCCUUUUUAUGGAGUACUGGCUGGUCUAAUAAACCUUGAAAACGAGGAUUUUACUAAAGAAAUAGUGGCUAAUACCCUCACCAAAUUUCAGGAUGCCAUAGAGGAGGGCAGCUGUGACAGAAUUCGUCUAUCAAUGCGGUUCCUUACUUGUCUGAUGUGCAGUAAUGUUAUAUCCCCAAAUUCUAUAAUAGAAAUCUUUGAGACGUUGUUGUCAUCUGCUGCGACCACAGUAGAUGAGGAAUCAGGGAAUCCCUGUUGGCAGGCACGUGCUGACUUUUACAUUUCAUGCAUCUUGUCUUGUCUUCCAUGGGGUGGUGCCGAACUUAAUGAGCAAGUUCCAGACGAAUUCGAGCGAGUCAUGGUUGGUGUACAAUCUUAUUUGAGCAUUCGAAGGCAUUCUCAUGAUAUCCUUUUUUCAGUUUUUGAUACAGGUGGUGACAAUGCUCUUGAUAGAAAGGAUUUUCUAGAGGAUUUAUGGGAUCGUAUUCAGGUUCUUUCCCAUCAUGGUUGGAAAGCUGAUAGUGGUAAUGCUCUUUAGCUCUUUCUUUUGUGAAUGACAUCUGAAUCACUUUAUUUUCUUUUUUACAUACUAUCACACUAUCA